CGCAGAGCUGGGCUAUGAAGCAGUUUCCGGGGCCUUCGCUUCCACUUGUAAACAUGGCGGAGGAGCUGCUGGAAACCGUGGAGAGAUUGCAGUCUAGACUCUCCGAGAAUCAAGAGCCCCGAAAGCUCUUGAAGACACUGAAGAGGUUGGCAGAGCUGCCCAUGACAGUGGACAUUCUAGUGGAUACGGGAGUCGGGAAAACUGUAAAUUCUCUCCGCAAACAUGACUUAGUGGGAGAGGCGGCGAAAAGCAUAGUGGCGAAAUGGAAAAAACUUGUGCCUGACAAGCCUGCUGAACGUCCUGCUGCUCCUCCUCCUCCUCCUGUCAAAGAUGUCCGCUCACACUCACAAGCCCCGGAGCUGCACAGAGGCCACAAGCGGGCACGAGAACCCUCUCCUGAGGACAUUCGCCACACACACCGGGACGAGGAAGAAGAAGAGGAGGAGGAGAUGGAGGAUGACUACAGGCACCAUCACCGCCGUCAUGAUCAUGACGAAGAGGACAUGGUGGAUGAGGAGAUGAUGGAAGAGGAGGAGGAACCGGAGCCGGAGCUCGAGCGUGUGGUGAAUCGGUACGAGCCGCACCAUGGAUACUCCCCGUCGCCUCCCCAGGCCUACAGCCCCACGGCGCCCGGUCUCUCUGGCCAGCGGCUCGCACGCUACCAGCCUAGCAGGCCGUACGACAGUCCCUCUCCUCCGCAUGAGGAAGAGGAGGAGGAGGAGGAGGAGCCUGCUGCACCCAGCCCUCCACCACCACCACCACCUCCACAGAAGGAGGCACACAGACACAGCAAGCCCCAUCACAGAGACAGAGACAGGGAUGGAGACAGAGAAUCCGCUAGGGAUCACAGCUCCAGAGACCGGCCCAAAGACAAGGAACGCCACAAUGCUGCUUCUAGUGGCUCGGAGCAGGACAGGCGGAAACGACCGCACCAAUCGGCACCAACGACAACGUCGUCGAGCAUUGGGGAGGGCAAGAAGAGCAGUGAGCGGGAACAGACUGGUAGUAGUAGCAGCAAAAGAGAGGACAAGAAAGAGACCAGUAACAGCAAUAGAGAGGACAAACACAAGAACACACAUUCGCAACACGACAGAAAACACACAUCGCAUGACGGCAAGAAGGACAAAAAGGGAGGACGCGAUGAGAAGUCAAAGGUGAAACCUGAAACGGUGUCAUUCUCCGAGCCUCCCCACGAGGAGGAGAAGGAAGUGUUCGAGGCCCCCACCAUGUCCUUCGAGUCCUUCCUCACCUACGACGCGCCCAGCAAGAAGAAGAAGAAGCCGCUCAAGCCUCCGCAGUCUUCCUCCUCCUCCUCUUCCAAGCCUACUACUACUACUGCUUCUCCUGUCACCCAUUCCUCUUCCUCGUCCUCGGCACGCCGCUCGAAGUCACCGUCGUCAUCGUCAUCGCACCACCAGAAAUCCAGUGCUACUAAUGGUGCCAGCAGCAGCAGCAAGAGCAGCAGCAAGAGUGAGCGCAGUAGCAGUAAGCGGUCCGAGGCUGCCUCUGCUACGCCCGUCACCCCCACACCGGAGAAACGCAGAAAGGUGGUGGAUGUGAUGCCCACUCUGCCUGACAUUCCCCUGCCCGCCAUCCAACCCAACUACAGACCCCUCCCCUCCAUAGAACACACACCUGUCUCCCCUCAGAGACGCAAGGUUCCUGUGUCGAACGAUGAGGAGGAUGCUGGCUUCACAGGCCGACGGUUUAACUCUAAAAUGGUUGUCUACUCCGGCUCCAAGACGUCCUACCUGCCCAAGAUGAUGAGUUUAUAUGAGCAGUGCAUCCGAGUACUGCAAAACAACAUUGACUCGAUUGAUGAAGUCGGUGGAGUUCCGUUUGAGAUUCUGGAGCCGGUGCUGGAGCGCUGCACCCCGGAACAGCUCUACAGGAUAGAGGAUUUAAAUCAGCACUUUUUGGAGGACACGGAUGAGCUGUGGACAAAGCACUGCCAGCGAGACUUCAAGCGCGAGGCGCCGCAGGAGUACGAGUCCUGGCGGGAGCUGUAUCUGCGGAAACACGACGAGCGGGAGGAGCGCCUGCGCAUGCUCACGCAGAACAUCAGCUCCGCACACGCCAACAAACCCAAAGGACGGACGGUGAAGAUGGCCUACGUGAACUCUGUUGCCAAGCCGCCUCGUGACGUGCGUCGUCGGCAGGAGAGGUUUGGCACCAAGUCUGGCUCCUCAAUGGCCAGCGCCAGCGCCAGCUCUUCAUCUUCAACAGUCAGGAUCAAGCCGGCGAUGCCGUACACCUCCCACUCAGAUGAGGGAGGUCACUCCUCCUCCUACAGCGGUGCCGCUGAGUCCUCUCGGGCCUCCGUGUCCGGCGGGGGCUUAGGAGGAGGUGGAGGUGGAGGGGGCGGCAAUGCCCGCGCUCACCCUGAGAAGCAAGUCAAAAGAAUUGCACCAAUGAUGGCGAAGACAUUAAAGGCAUACAAGAACCGCUUCUCACGCCGAUAGAGGAAGACAGGAACUGCAGUGCAACACUGUAGUUUUUUUUUUAAACAUACUAUAGGAUUUAAGCUUUUUUUGUGUUCUGAGCCUUCCCCUAUCUGGACCUAUGAUGACUUGGUUAUAAAUGUUCUUCAGUCCCCAUUCAACCUUUUUAGUAAAAAAAAAAUACACUCGAUUAAAACUGCACACUCUCAAUGGACAAGCACACUCAUGCAGACGCCAAAUGGAUAAUGGCAUGAUGUCCUGUUUAUGUUUUAUUCAAAGGCUGGCACUACAGGUGGCUUCAGACACCAGCUUAUGAGAUUUUAAGGCAUUUUUAUUUUUUUCUUUCCAAAAGACCAAACUCAUAGCAUUCGCUACGAUGAUAUUAUUCAAUAACUCAAACUUUUUGUUCUUAAUGAGAUCACACACACACACACACCCCUGUUUUAGAGGAG